UGGGUGCCAACCGCCAAUAAAAAGAACGAAAGAAAGAAAGACAGAAAGGUUAAUGUGAGGUAAACAGGGGAAAAUGGCUGUUAGUAUUCUGUCCAGAGGUCUCGGUUUGUUUCGGCUCAGCAGGAGAACAACGGCGCUGCUGUCCGGUUCUCGGUGUUUCUCUCAGACCGAAUCCGAGCCGCUGACGGUGAGACAACAACAAGACGGAAUCAGGAGAAUAAUAUUAAACAACCCCAAGAAGAGAAACGCUCUGUCUCUGUCCAUGCUGGAGUCUCUCAGAGAAAACAUCCUGACUGAUGUCAGCAGUGACGAUCUCAGAGUUAUUAUCAUAUCAGCCAAAGGUCCGGUGUUUUCCUCCGGACACGACCUGAAGGAGCUGACGUCAGCUCAGGGCCGAGACUAUCACACUAAGGUGUUCCAUACCUGUGCAGAGGUGAUGACUCUGAUACAGGACAUACCUGUUCCAGUCAUUGCUAUGGUCAACGGUGUUGCCACAGCGGCAGGUUGCCAGCUGGUUGCCAGUUGUGAUGUUGCCGUGGUGACGGAGAAGUCCACCUUCGCCACUCCGGGUGUCAACGUGGGUUUGUUCUGCUCGACGCCGGCGGUGGCCAUCGGCCGGGCAAUACCAAGGAAGGUUGCCAUGGAGAUGUUGUUCACGGGGACUCCCAUCUCUGCCCAUGAUGCUUUGCUGCACGGUCUGGUCAGUAAGGUGGUGCCAGAGGAGCGACUGGAAGAGGAAACUUUAUCCAUCGCAAAGAGAGUUUGUCAGGCCAGUCGACCUGUCGUCGCUCUCGGAAAGGCCACUUUCCAAAGACAAAUGGCUCAGGGUCGGGAUGCAGCGUACGCCACCGCCUCCAAGGUGAUGGUCGACAACCUGGCUCUGACUGACGGCCAGGAGGGCAUCCGGGCCUUCAUCGAGAAACGCAAACCAAUGUGGAGCCACAAAGUAGAAAAAGCCCACGACUGAUGGACUUUAUUUAUUCAACCUGCAAUAAUCUAGCAAUGAUCCUGAUUUUUAGUCGCUGCUGUGGAGAAAUCAGCACCAAAGCCCCAGUCUAUGAUUGGGCUAGCUGCUUGUAAAAAUGUACAUUUGUAAUUUUUAAAAUAACGAGAAUGGAAAUAUGAACUGUUGACUUCAACUUCCAUGAGGAUUUGCCCUUUUUUGUUCCUUUUAAGUAGCUGAGCCGUUAUGUGCCUUAAAAGCUGCAGUUUGAUAACAAAAAGAAAAAACUCCAGACAGUGGAUGAAAGACAGUAAUAGACUCAUGAUGCUAAAGAAUGCUGCUAUUUGUCUAAUCUUACAUGCAUUAGUUAGUUACAGAUUGCGUGACUGAAAAGUUCUGUUUAUUUUCUGCUUUGAUUCUUGCAUAAAAAAUAUGCAUAUAAACUUGAUAGAUUUAAAGUCCGGUUUCUGCAUUCUGUGUCAAUUUUAAACUAAAAAGGGAUUCGGCGCAGAUACUAUUUUAAAAUGAUGAAAACUGAUGUCCUUAACAUAAAGCCAUGAUAUCAUGUUUUCUACAAGUUGCCAGUAUUGCAAAGAACCAUAAAGAUCAAAUAAAAACUGGAUAACAAAA